UGGUCAGGAUCGAACUCCUGGCAGCCCACAGAAUUGAAUCUGCAAUGCUGCCUUCUAACCACUGUGCCACCACGGCCCCUUGGGGGGUGGGUGGGGGAUAAUAAACCCCUGAGGAUAACCGAAACCGAUUUGGGGCUCGUGGGUGAGAGGCCUCUGAGUCAGGCUAUAGGACCUCGAGGGGACCCAGCCUUUGGAGAACUUUUGUCAUUCUGCCUUGCAGGGAAUCACAUGCAAGUGAAGGAGCGGUGCCACUAUUCGCAGAACACGAAAUGCACCUGCCAGCCGGGUUUUUUCUGUUCUUACCAACUGGAGGAGGAUUCUUGUGACAUUUGCACGAGGCACUCAACCGCACCUCCGGGUUUUAGGGUGACGCAAGUUGGCACCGAAACUCAGGACGUGAAAUUUGAACCCUGUCCUCCGGGGACAUUUUCAUCGAAAGAAAUGUCCUUGUCUUGCGUGAAAUGGACCGAUUGCAGUGAGAAAGACAUGGUCAAAACACGCAGCGGUAAUGCAACUUCUGAUGUGGUGUGUGAGCCCCUACCUCAAAGCCACCUGCCUCUAAUCUUGGGUCUCGGCAUCCCGGCUGCGCUGAUUCCCCCGGCCUUCCUUUUAGCCUUCCUACUUUGGAGGAAGAAAGCCUUCGGCAAAAAAAAAGAGGUUCAGGCAGAACAGCCACAGGAGAAGGAACAUAUGAUGACACCCAUUCAGGAAACUGCCCCAAACAUUGGAGAGCCGAGUUACGCAUAAUGUUGAGAGGCAACAAGGUUCACAAUGCUACCGGCCACAACUUGUGUGUUUGUGGUGGGAAAAAUCUGACUGUAAUUAGAUGUCCUCUGUUGGGAUCUGUUUGAAAGCAUCCCGUUCCAGAUUCAUGGACCAAGUUGAAACACAUGCGGACCUACAGAGGGGAAAAUCUCUCUUCUCAAGGAAGGGCAAACACUGAUCUUACCAGAAAAGAACACUACAAAACACACACACACAGACACACACAGUUACACAAUUUUUCUGGCAAGCAUCGGCGUUCUCGCAGCAUCCGGGAACAAGCAGGGGGUUGGACUAGAAGACCUUCGAGGUCCCUUCCAGCUCUAUGACUUUACGCUUUGAAAAUGAAGAGCCCCCUCUGACUGCGGGUAGUCCUCGGCUAACGACUGAGCCUAAAGUAUUUCUGUUGCUAAGCGAGGUAUUGGCCACAGUUGUUAAGGUGGAAGUGGUUAGUUAAGUGAAUCUGGUCUUCCCCGCGGACUUUAACUGUCACUAGACCACAAAGAGGGAUCACCGGAGCCCGGGACGCAACAACCGUCGUAACUAUGAGUCCGUUACCAAUUCCGAUGGCGUGGCCAUCAUAAAUACGAGACAGUUGCCAAGCUGACUCAAUUCUGAUCCAUUCCGAAUGCCGCGACGGUUGUAAAAGUGUGAAAAAUGGGUCAGUUUUCAGCGCCGUUGUAACUUCAGCCACUAAAUGAACUCUUGAAGUCCAGGAUUCUCUGUAGGGGCAUUUUCUUGUGAGUUUUGGGAAUGUGUCAAGGGCUUUUGAGAUAAUCCAAACACAAGUUCCAGAUGAAGGAACUUCGUUGUUGUAGGGUUGACUGCUUCCAAAUUUCCCUUAGUCCAAAAAAGGAGAGUAUUUGUGAAUUCUUAGUGUGCCAGGCCUUGUUUGUUUCUGAACCAGGUGAGGUUGUGUAGUGGGACACAAAUCUUUUGCAAAUCUAAGGGACCACAACACAGGAUAGAAUCCCCUUCGUGAAUCCGUCCUUCCGACAGCGUUCUGGAUGGCAGUGUCCCUCCAAAGAGGACAGACGGUCCUUGACUCAUGACCUGUCCUUUUAACGGCCAAAAAAAAGACCUGUGGGGGAGGGAGGGAAAUGGCCCAGGGUCCGUCUGUGGACGUAUUGUGAGAAGGACAGUUGUGAUGCCAGAUGUUCUCCUUCAUUGCAGGCCUGCAGGCCGAAACCUGGAUGAUCGAUCAUCAGUCAGAAUUAUUCUCUGGUGGCACUGCUAUGAGCUGGGAUGGGAGGGUGGGCAAGGUGACCUCUGGGGGACCCUGGAACUCUAAAAUGUGUGGCCAUUCCAUGCAUGAUUGUGCGAAGGUCCAUUAAGAAGAGAUGGGGAGGUCAGACAAAGACAUGGACGAUGCAUUGAUUGGUUUCUUUAAAACAGUGAGUGUGUAUGCGUUUGUGUGUGUAGUGUGUGUGUGUUGUGUGUGUGUGUAGUGUGUGUGUGUGUGUGUGUGUGUGUGUGUAGUGUGUGUAGUAUGUGUGUGUUGUGUGCCUCUGUGUGUGUCCAGCUAGCAUUUACACUGUUUGCUAUCAGGUGGUGUACACAGAGGUGGUAUUUAGCCGGUUCGGAUUGGUUCGGACGAACCGGUAGCGGAAAUUUUAAGUAGUUCGGAGAACCGGCAAACACCACCUCCGGCUGGCCCCGCCUACAACACAAUCCUAAAACGGCUUCAAUAUGUUAAACCAAAGGAUCAGCUAUCAAAACCUGAAAUAUUUCUCCCAAGAUUGCAAUGUCCAUAUUUCAGGUGAUGAGGAUUAAAAAAAAAAAAACAACAACACUAUGCCUUGUUUCUCCAUCUUGGUCCCUUGAGGCUACGCGGACUUCAGUUCCCAGAAUUCCCCAGCCCGUUGGUGCUGCGCUGGCUGGGGGAUUCUGGGAGUUGAAGUCCACGCACCCUUUCAAAUAGGCAAAACUGAGAGACGCUGAGCGAUUGAGAUCGUUGCUGGUUUUAAAAGCAGCGCCUUUCUUAAAGUAUCCCAUCCUUUUCCUCUUGGGAAUUUGUUUCCCCUUAAAUAUUUAAUUGUUUUUUUAACCUCAAUCCUCAUAAGGUAAUUGCUGUGGGAGACAUUGGAGGGAAAAAUGAAUAUUAUGUAGGUUUUACUUCUGGGAUUGUUCAAGGCCAGAUGAAAAGCUAACAAAUAAAUUCAUAAAUGAACGAAC